ACCAAUUGCAGGCACCUACACGUUCCUUUCCUUGAAGUUCACCAUGAUGUUUACAAGAAUCACCACAACCACAUGGAUCAUUAUCAGCCUCUGGACAUGACCUGGUGCUCUAGAUAAAACCAUAACGAAACUCAUAGUCAACUCACAUGAUCCAGUAAAGGGAGUACGAAAACAUUUAGUUGAUUCCGUCCCAGGAUGGAGCGCUAUCUGAUCAAGAAGACACCUCGAAGCGCCAGUCUUAAGCGCAAGGCGUCAGACAGCCCCGCGAAUUCGACGCUUGCUCCUGCUAAACGACCGCAACCUCCACGUCCACAAGAAUCCCACUUAGAUGCCGCUAAGCGUCGCGACCAAGAAGGGAACUAUGUGGGAAUUGAAUAUGACUCUUGGAAAAACCAAGUAAAGUCAGCUAUUGACCAAGCCCGCUCCGCAACCCGCUCCAAAGAAGGCGGUAUCAAAGUCUUGGGGGCCCUUCUCAAGGCCAUCAAUGCUUGCCCUUGUAAGCCGGGCAGCCACGGAAACAACAAGGCUUGUCAUAUCUCGCAAUGCGUGACUGCUGUGUAUGAAGAAGGCCCCGAUGCUCUCUACCGCGCUGCUAAGGAGCCAUGCCCUUGCGGCUUUGUAUGGCCAUCGUGUACCGACCUCUUCCAUAUCCGCGCCGUCGACGGCCUGGCCGAUUCUCUGGACAAACAGGAAAAGCAUGUCGCCGCAUUUUCCACUGCCCUUGGUCUCAUUCGCUUGGAUCCCGCCCACCCCAUAGGGUAUUGUCGUGUUGCCAGAGUCCUUCGCAACUUGACCAAGAACAAAGACAACCAGACGGCAGCUCUUGCGCUUACUACCAUACUGCGAGACUCUAAACUUGACCCUUCCCACGAUGUGCACGAUCUCACUGUCCGGUUCGUCAGGUCCGGGCUCUACAACAUGGAACAGUACCGGCGGGUAAAGUAUAAUCAGUACCAUAUUCUUCUGCGUCAAUUGUCCAGUAUGCUAGACAUGCCCGAGUCAAAGAGAGAUCCUGUAGAGAAGCUCCCGCAUGAGCUGCUAACCAUGAUCUGGUCGCAUCUUGACACCGAAAGUUUAAUGAGAUGUGAACGCGUGAGCAAGAAAUGGCAGAAGCUGGUGCUUUCAGACUCGGUGCUCUGGAGCAAGGUCUCGCUGGGUAGGCCUGGGAAACCCGGUUGGCUCUUUCCACGGUUCCUCAACAAGCACAAGAAUAUCCGGUCUCUGACGAUCAACGACACAUCAUAUUUCAAGAUGACUCACGACAAGCUUCAAAUGAUCAUGCGUGGUCUACCCAAUUUGGAACGGCUAAGCCUCCAUAGACGCAUGCGUCUCAGCAACCCCGACGGUCCCGAGGAUAUUCCAAAAAUGCUUGGGGGUGUGCAAGGGAAGCACCUGACAAAACUAACACAUCUAUCACUGAAAAAACUGGAUGCCCAUACAGUUGGAGAGCUUCUACCGCUCACAAGUCCAUCUCUUCAAGUGUUAGACCUGCAAGGUUUUUUGGGGAAGGAUCUCAACGCGAUCAUGACCCGACAGCCUUGGCCGAGUUUGAGAAAGCUACGGCUGAGGAUGCCGGACGAUGGCUACGACCCAAGGACACAUCUCGGGGAGCUGAAUAUGAACGGGCUCAUGAAAUUGACUCCACACCUUGAGGAACUUCAUAUCGAAGGCUACGGGCUUAAGUUUGUCGAUCAUGAGCUUCACCCCAUGGGUUUCGACAAGGUCCCUUCGAGCGACAUACGACCAUGGCAAAAUUUGCAGUCUCUGUAUCUCGGCUCAGUGAGGACUCACGUCUCUCUUGACGACACAAUCCAUGGGUCUUUUGGUUUGCCCGCUUUACCAAACCUCCGCUCUGUUGAGAUCCUUUCCGACAAAGAGCAUCUGAUCAAUUAUCUCUUUACGACAUGUGAUGAGCUGGGGAGCCCGCAUCGGGGUUUCAUGUCUGAUCUCACAGGAACCACUGCUGAGUCGGGCAUUGCUUCGGCGGGUUGGCCACGGCUGGAGGUGUUCAGGUGCCAUGGCCCCAUACGCACCGGUAUACUACAAAAGGCCCUGGAGGAAACAGCCACAAAUGGUUCGCUGAAGGUCCUUGAAUUAGCCAUCAACAGCGACCAGUCACUGUUCAAUAACCGCAUCCAUAUCGAUCCCCCGAAGGACUGGGCUUUCACGUCGUCAUCGAGCGUUCACCAUCUCGGACUACACCACUUCAACUGGGCUCAGCAUUACAGCAAUUUUGAUGGCCAGCCUUUUAUCGACUGGCUGCAAAAGUUCCCCAACGUCGACACGGUAACGGUCGCACCGGGACGUCAUAGUGGUCUCUUGCCCUUCAUCGAGAAGUUGAUCGCCCACCCGCAGAUUAAGGCAUUGUACUUUGACCCCUCGGGCCUGUCGAACCCGGAAUGGUACGAGAUAACCGAGACGGGGAAGAAAUAUGGGGUGCAACUGUUCAAAUUGAAUGGAGGACCUUUGAAUGCUUUCGAUGGAGGUGAUUUCGAUGGCGCGAGACCGGAUCUCGGACGGAGGGUUUGACAGGUACGGUCGGGGAGAUUUGCGGCACUUUUCCCGCUCGCAUCUUCUGCAUUGAUGUGAGCUUUUGUUGCCCGCUCAACCCCGAUCUAAACCUGGCCAGGUGAGAACCCAGCAGGAAUAAGCGUUGGGCAGACAAGAGGGUAGUGAAAUGGAUUGAGAUUAUCAAGUUUGUCUUCAUCUCGUAUGUAUGUUCGCGUUGCUUGAAUAAAUGUAUUCCUAAAAUCCCGUGAUCCUAUAAGUACC